UUAAGUGAAUUAUCACUUCUACCUCCAAUCAGCAAUCAAUGGAUUCAUUCAUACUACUUAGAUGCCAGGCUAGGGUUACACGCUAAUUUUCUGUAGUGGUCUAUGGAACCCCUGAAGCAUCCUUGCCCACCCCCUAGACACCCCAUAUAUAAAACUCUAGUUCCACCACUGGUAGUAAUGGUUGUAGUUGUAGUAGUAGUAAUAGUUGUUGUAGUAAUAGUAAUAAUACUGUAUUUUUAUUUUUUUUUUAAUCAUUUCUGAAAUUUCAGAUGACUGCACAUCUGGAUUUUCUUAUUAAAAUGGAGUAUUUUAAAUCAUUAACCCAAGUGCGUUUCAUUGUACCUAUAUGCUAUAUUUUAUUUUUUAAGUUAGAUUUCAGCACCAUUACAAUAAUCUUGCCAUGACUCACUGUAACCUUUUACUGAAAUGUAAACUAGUAAAGGGUUAAGAUGCACGGUAUAUUCACACUCACGCAUGUACACACACACACACACACACACAGAUGCUUAAACUUGGCUCUUCCUGCGCCUGACUCUUGCAGCAGUGUUUAGGUCAGGCCUUAAUGAAAACCACACGUUCUUUCUCUUCACUGCAAGAUGUGAAAGUAAAGCUUGCAGGUAAACGGAAAAGCACGUCGCUAUAAGAGGAGCGCAUCAAGCUCGCUCGCUUUAAUCUGAUCUCUGCAUGUGUGGGUGCAAGCGCGUAUGACUUUGCAUUUUACCGGAAAAGGUGUCGAGUCACAAAUAAAAAUACAUCUGCAGACAGAAAGUUUUCACAACGCUUCAGGAGAAGUUUCUGUCAGCUUUGUGAGAAAAAUGAUUCGGUGCUGUGGCUUCCUCCUCAUUCUUGCCUUUUCCCUGCGGUCUGAAGGCUGUAUGGACAUAGAGCAGCUAGAGAUCAGUGAGGGUCACGUGUUUAUCCUUAAGUGUCCCACAUCUUAUGAAGAUGAAGUGGUAAUUGUGAACUGGACUCGAGAGCUGAACCAGGACUGGGAUGCAGGAAUAAAAAUUAUAGAUCAGUCACUGUGGUUCUUCCCUGUAAAGGAGUCACACAGCGGAAACUACUCAUGUUAUUACAGUGACAAGGACGUCCCUUGUGAAGCACAUUUUUCCAUUUCUGUGUCCAAGAGCAAAUGUCCCCAACCGACCUCAGAAGUGAUCCUAAUGAAGAACACGAAUGCACGUCUUCCUUGUGACAGUGAAGACAUGCGGACAAUUGACAAAUUAAAUUCAGUUUCCCAUGUUGGCUGGACCUGGAUGAAGGAUUGCAGUCCUCUUAGCUGGGCUGAGAAAACUGUCAAGCUUCGAUUCAGCAGAGUUUCAGAGGAUGACAAAGGAGUGUACACCUGCUUAAUGAACUUCACCUAUAAUGGAACUUCAUACACUGUGGCUCAGAGCAAGAAAGUCUUCAUUCAUACUAGUCCUGUUCCACAGAAGCCAAAAGUCAUAAAACCACGACAGGAAACUCUUGUUGUGAAACUGGGUUCAAAGCAGGUGUUAAACUGCAAAGUGUUUGUUGGGCCUGGUUCCUGUGAAAUGGAUGCUGUAGAAAGUACCAGGCCUUAUUGGAUGAUGAACAACAUGUUUACUGAGGAUUACCCACAACAUUUUGUUGCUCAUAAUGGCUGUACAACAGAAAACAAUGUGGAGUAUCGCCACAUUAAUCUUACCAUUCUUGAAGUUCAGCAAGAAUUCUUGAACAUCCCUUUUCAGUGUUGCGUCCUCAACUCUGUAGGCCAUGACAACGGCACAGUAAUACUUAUUCAAUCCAGUCAGAAAUGGCUGUAUUGGACUUUGGCGGUAUUCACUGCUUAUGCAAUAGUAGCACUGGGGUUCCUGCUGUUUUAUUGGUUUAAAGUGGACCUGAUACUCGCUUAUAGGACUCUCAGCCCUUGUUUGAAACAACAAAAUGAUGGAAAACUGUAUGAUGCCUAUGUCAGUUACCUCCAUGGUGAUGAUCACAGAGUGUCUUCUGCAACAACCUUUGCCCUGCAUGUUCUCCCGGAGGUUCUGGAGGAUCGACUUGGCUACAAAUUGUUCAUUAGUGGCCGGGAUGCACUACCAGGCGCAGCGGUCCAUGACGUCAUCUCUGAAACAGUUGGGAAGAGUCGGCGGCUAAUUAUUGUUCUUCCAUCCCAGGCUUUCACAAGGCCUUCAGAUAAUGAAGGGGGACUUUUAAAUAAAAUGCCACCGGAGCACUUAAGUUUAAACAACAACAUAACAGCGACUGAUGCAGAUCUCUCUGAAUCAUCUCAGUUGAACUGGGGCCCUUACGAGUGCUGGGUGGGUCUGUACGAUGCCCUGGUGAAAGAGUGCUUGCAGGUCAUCCUAGUCCAGGUGGGAGGAGAAGUGGAUGAUGCUCUGUUCCCUGAAUCACUGCGCUAUGUUAGGCACACUCAGGGGAUACUCAAGUGGAAGGAGCACUACACCAGUGAGCCCAAUGGAAGAUUCUGGAAGCAGAUGCGUUAUCGAAUGCCACCAGUGCAAAAAACCAGAACAGCUGUUAUGGUUUAAAGCUGCAUGGUGGUGGUGUCAUUGUAACUGACAGGGGAGAUAGAGUAUAACAUCCCUCCCACCCAGACAGCACAGCCAAUUUUAUUUCCUUGAUCCAGGCCAUGGACAGCUGUGACAUUGCCGGGAUACAAACUUGUGAUCUCUGUGUGUAUUGUGGUGCAUGCUCUGUGAGCUGAUAUGCAGGAGUUCCCAUUUCCAUGAUAUUCCAUUUAGAUACCAUUGUGUACUCCACUGGCCAAUUGAAUAGGUUUUAGUUCUGUUUCAGAUUGUUUAGUGGAAAAAGGCACAAAGUCCCAGGUGAAUCCAGUAAUCUGGUGAAGAUGAACUAGCGGAGUGGUUGAAGGUAUGGCAAAUGUUAGAAUUAGGUGUUAGUAUAUAUUUCUGGGUCUGUCCACAUGAUGGCAACAGAAAGCAAGCAAACACAACCUCUGAGCACAACAGAUUGUUUAUUAACAUUGUCAGAAGCUUUUUCUAUACAACAGAUUUAUUGGUUUGUACAUAAAAUAAUUUGAUAAUAAAUAUUUUAUUUAUUUACUCAGAAAUUAGUUGGACAUUUUGUAAAUUUAUAAUUGCUUAUGAUGUGCAUAUGAGCACUAACAGCCUAUAUAUCCUAACAGACAAUAACCCACAACUAGUUAGCCACAAAUAGUCUUCUCGAGCUUGCUGAUCGAGAGGAGGGACUUUUGUGGGUUUUUGUGGAUUUGCACUCAUAAUUGUGGCGUCUCUGGGAAUUGAGAAGGAUUUUCAGAAUGGCUAUAAGAAUAUUGUUUUCUAUUUUUAUAUAUUUAUUUAUUUAUUUCAUUUAACUUUUGAAGAAAUUCUAAAUUCUAUGUUAAAAUUUUGUUUAUAUAAAUCUGUACAUACUCUUUAAAAAAGGUUUACAAGAAUACAAGACUGAGGUCUAAGUGUACAGUUUAAGUAGAGAGCAUUCUGAGGAAUAAAAAUAAUAUAAUUCAUAUACAGGCUUGUGUCAAAAAAAAUGCUUAAAUGUCAAUCAGUUAUUGUUGCAACGAUUCAAACAUGGUCUAACAUGAUAAUGUACCUGUAUUGUGAGUUAUAAGGAUUUCAGAUAGAAGCAUCUAUAGUAUGUUUAACAGUGCUUAUUAGAUUUAAAAGUCAACACCAUGAGAGCUGGAGUCUGGAGGAACAGGCAUCAUGUAGCGCACCUGCUUCCAGAAACGGGAGGUGGGGCAAGUUGCUCGGCCACUCCCCUCAUCCCACCUUAGGGGGGGAGUCUUCUGGAGGAGAUGCUGCAGCCCCAGGGGCAGAUGGGAAUACUCCUUCAUAUCUCCCAGUUGAAUCAGAAUCACUUUCAGUUCUUGCUCGACCAGCACUCGGUGCAGCCCCACAUGCCAGUCAUAACAGAGUGAGGUUUUGACCCCUUGAUGUUGACUGACUCCUGGAGGCAGCACAGCUAUGAGCCUGCGACUCAGCUGCAUUCUCGUCUCAAUCAGCUCAGUGCAGUCUGGUGGUGGAGAGAAACGUUAGCUGAUGAACAAAUUUUGAAUAUAUUCCUUCCCUUGUCACUGAGUUCAAUACUUAGUAUUUGAUGUCCUGGAUUACUUUUGUUUA